AUGACUUCCCUGCCGCAGACAUACAAGGCCGCCGUGAUCAAGUCCGCACGGGCGCCACUUGAGAUUGUCGACUUGGAGCUGAAGAAGCCAGGCCCUGGCCAGGUCCUCGUCAAGGUCCUGGCUUGCGGCGUGUGCCACUCCGAUGUGGUUGUCCAGGAGGGAGCAUUCGGCGACUUGUUCCCCCGCGUCCCUGGCCACGAGAUCAUUGGUGAUGUGGUAGCUGUUGGCGAGAAUGUGACGAGAUUUACUGGUGGCGAGAGAGUCGGAGGUGCCUGGCACGGAGGGCACGACGGAACAUGUCGCCAAUGCCAGAAGGGCUUCUUCCAGACAUGCCAAAACGCAACGAUCAACGGUGUCUUCAUGGACGGUGGAUACGCAGAGUACGUGCUGCUCCGUGCCGAGGCCGCGGUGCGGGUGCCGAAGGAGAUGGACCCGGCCGAUUCGGCCCCUCUCCUCUGCGCCGGCGUGACGGUCUUCAACAGCAUCCGCAAGAUGGGUAUCGAGCACGGAAGCCUCGUGGUGAUCCAAGGCCUCGGAGGUCUGGGCCAUUUGGGCGUGCAGUAUGCCAACCGCAUGGGCUACAAGGUGGCGGUGCUCAGCUCCGGAGCAUCGAAGAAGGACUUUGCCAUGAAGCUCGGGGCACACGAAUACAUCGACGCCAGCGCCGAGGAUCCGGUCAAGAAGCUUCAGGAGCUCGGCGGAGCAGCGCUGAUCGUGGCGACGGCGCCUCACGCCAAGGCCAUUUCACCUCUCACUGGCGGUCUUCAGCCCGGGGGAAAACUCUGUGUGCUGGCUCCCGUCGGGAACUUGGAGGUCGACUCGGUGGACUUGAUCAUGGGAGGAAAGUCGGUCUGCGGCUGGCCGAGCGGGCACCAGGGUGACACAGAAGAUGCGUUGGACUUUGCGGCGAGACACGGCGUCAAGUGCAUGAUUGAGAAGUUCCCUCUUCUUGAGGCGAAGAAGGCUUCCGAGCACAUGAUUUCGAACAAGGUUCGCUUCCGUAGCGUUUUGGUGAUGCAGUAG